AAGCUUCUAGAAGCUGAAGAAAAAAAAAGAAAAAAAAGAAAAAAAAGAAAAAGACUGAUACUGAUUGAUACUAAGGGCCAGGCGCGUGCAUAAUAGCCUUGCCUUGGCAGCGCAGGCGCGCCCCCCAGCGGCCUGAGCGUGCACAGCGAGGAGUAGCGUGUGCGCGCCCGGUGAGACCGCCGCUGAAGAGCAGACACGUCCGCGUGCACUCAGACAUCACUCAGCAUGGACUACGCCGCCAACAGCUACACAGCCGCAGGGGGUGCAAACGCCUCUUUCGCCGCGAUGAGCCUCAACGAGCACCGCCAGGAGAACGGCGUGCAGAUGGGCCACGCCCAAAUGACAGCUCCUCCCAAAAUGGAUAACGGCGCUACAGAGAAGAAUGUCGCCGGCGCAAAGUCUCAAAAUUCCGGAAGCAAAGCGGUCGCCAGAGCCCAGCCAGACGCGGUCAGCGGACAAAGUAGUCCCGGCACCCCCAAGUCUCCCUCUAGUCAGGCAGCCUCCGGAAAGUCAGCGGGCGAUGCCCACAAGCUAAAAAAAGUAGCGGUGGUCCGCAGUACGCCCAAGUCGCCGGGUUCCCUGAAGAGUCGCCCGCCGGCCCCGCUGGCCGCCGCCGCGACGCCCAUGCCCGACUUGAAAGGUGUGAAGUCCAAGAUCGGGUCCACGGAAAACAUGAAGCACCAGCCGGGCGGCGGAAAGGUGCAGAUCCUGGACCAAAAGGCGGACUACAGCAGCGUGCAGUCCAAGUGCGGAUCCAAAGCCAACCUCAAGCACAUGCCCGGCGGUGGAAACGUUCAAAUCCUGGACAAGAAGAUGGACCUGACAGGCGUCCAGUCCCGCUGCGGCUCCAAGGACAACAUGAAGCACACGCCAGGAGGCGGCAAGGUUCAGAUUCUAGACAAGAAGUUGGACUUGAGCACUGUGCGUUCCCGCUGCGGUUCCAAAGAUAAUAUGAAACACGUUCCCGGUGGCGGAAAUGUCCAAAUCGUCCACAAAAAAGUGGAUCUGAGCAACGUGACGUCCAAGUGCGGCUCCAAAGCCAACAUCCAUCACAAACCAGGCGGAGGGAACGUGGAGAUCAAAAACGAGAAGCUGGAGUUCAAAGUUCAGUCCAAGGUCGGCUCGCUCAACAACAUUGGCCACGUUCCCGGAGGCGGACAGAGGAAGAUCGAAAGCCACAAACUGACCUUCCGCGAGACCGCCAAGGCCCGCACCGACCACGGCGCGGAGAUCGUGUCGCUGGAGGACUCCCCCCAACAGCUCAGCACCGUGUCGUCCUCCGGCAGCCUCAACAUGGCCGACCCCCCUCAACUGUCCACGCUGGCCGACCAGGUGAGCGCCUCGCUGGCCCAGCAGGGCCUGUGAGCGCCGGCCUCCCCACCUUCCCCGUCACCGCCUCGUCCAGCUGCGUUGCCUUCCUCGUCUUCUUCUUCUCCUCACCGGACUUUUUGUAAUCGCCAUCACUCUUGAAACCACACUUUAUUGUCCUUACGAAAUCUCUUUGGUCUUUACUGUGCCGCCAUUUUGACCAUCCAGUAAUUAGACGCGUCCCGCUGAGUCGUAGAGGUAAGGUUCGGAGCUGUUCGGGUCCAGUUCGUGGACACGUCUUGAACAACCCCUAGCGUUGGUUUUCUGUCGGACUUUUGAGGUGGUUUUUGAUGAGAAGAAACGUUCGUAUCGUGCCUGCUGCCGUCAGUUUUUCUAUGUCUGUUUGCGGGCUGACUGUAUUGUGGCGCCAUUUGAGUGAAAACUAAUUUUGUCAGCGGAAGUUCACACCUCCAGCCAGCAGGGGGCAGCACUCAAGAAGCCUUGUCACUUCCUGCAGUAAUUGCUGAUUGACUUAUCUACCUACCUUGUAUGUCGCGAUGUGUGUGAAGGUUAACUCAUUUUUCAUGGGAACAUCUUUCUAGUUUUAUUUGAUGCUCAUUCGUUGUUUUGAAAACUACAUUUUAAUCAAUUAAAAGUUCCUGCUGUUACGUCACUUCCUGCAUGCGCCUAACCGAGGACCUUCUGGAUUUGGGGGGGCUCGUCUAGCCUGUGCAGGGUAGGCCUCACAUACAGAUGGCGCUAGUUAAAAAAAAAAAGUAUUUAUAGUUGAGGUGCAUGCAAACUCCUUCAAACGUGAAGAAGCCAUGUUGACAUGAGCCAGUUUCCAUAGUAACUCACCUUUCUGUUGAGACGCUGUACAGUGGUGCCAAUGUGAUUGUUGUUCUUGUGCAUUUACUAACUCUUCACGAUGACUUGUUGCUGUAUGUGUUUGAAAAUAAAUGCUACUAAGACACCAAA